AUGCCGACAGUAUCGAUAUCUGAUCUAACCUCCGGCAAGAAGGUCAUCAUCCUCGCCUUCCCUGACGCGUUCACCCCCACCUGCUUGCAGAAGCAUCUCCCGGGGUUCGUGGAGAAAGCUGUCGAGUUCAAGGCCAAGGGAAUCGACGCCAUCGUGUGUGUUUCCGUGAACAACGCCUUCGUGAUGAAGGCGUGGAAGGCGGAUCUGAAGAUCGGGGACGAGGUGCUUCUGCUGACCGACGGCAAUGGACGAUUCACUCGGGCGAUUGGGUGCCAGCUCGAUUUGAGCGACAAGACGGCGGGCUUGGGGGUUCGAUCGAAGAGGUACGCCAUGUAUGUUGAGGAUGUAGCCUUGAAGGUUCUCAAUGCCAUCUGA